AUGGCAUUGUCUCCUUUCACCGUUGGACUGGCCUUAGAGGAAAAUUCCAUAAACCACAACCACACGAUGAUGAUCAAUGAAGACAACGAAUCUGCGGAGUCAUUUCUUCAUUGUCUUUCUCCUCAUCAACAAGUCGAUCAGUUUGAGCUCACACCGUCUUCACCUAUGAGCGGUGGCGGCGACCUCACGGUGGUUAAGAAGCUUAACCACAAUGUCAGUGAGCGCGAUCGGCUCAAAAAGAUCAACACUUUAUAUUCCACUCUUCGUUCCUUGCUUCCAGCAUCAGAUCAAAUGAAAAAACUAAGCAAUCCAGCCGCAAUUUCACGGACCGUGAAAUACAUACCGGAGCUGCAACAACAAGUGAAAGGACUGAUUCAGAAAAAGGAAGAACUGCUAUCAAGACUUCGUAGGUUGCAGCAGCAGGAAGAUCCAAUUUACAAUGAGAAGCAAAGCAGAAGUGCAGCUUUGAGCUCCUUAUCUGCUUCUGCAUUUGCAGUGAGUUGGUUCAAUGACAGAGAAGUUGUGCUUCAGAUUUCUUCAUAUGUGGUCCAGAAGAGUCCAUUAUCACAAAUCUUGGUUGAUUUGGAAGAGGAUGGGCUUCUGCUACUUAAUGCUUCCUCCUUUGAGUCCUUUGAAGGAAGGCUCUUCUACAGUCUUCAUCUUCAGGUGCAGGAGCUUACAAAUAUUAUCUUUCCAUGA